GGGAAAGAGAGUGCAGAGUUGCUUUUUUUCUUCGUACCAGAGAGGAGAUCUUCAAGAGACCGUGACUACGAAUCCCAGAAUGCUUGGCGACUGCUCUACCACUGCGGGGAAAAAAGAGAAAGAGGCAGCACCUUUUUGAAAGUACUGGGUGUUAUGGAUGCCGGUGCUGUUGAGACAAGCUGCAUUUAGGAGUAAACGGCGGCAUUUACUUUAUCCUCUUAAAUUUGGCACUGACAGAGUUUUGCAGUGAAAAGGAUUAGACACUUGCAGGUCAACAACAGAAGAUGGAAAACCCUGAAAGCACAGUCAUAAACACCAGUGUGAGCCAGAAAGAUCCAAAGGAAGCUCUGGUUAUUGCUGUGACGACAAGGGCAAUUUUCAACCUGGAAAAGGAGCAUGAGAUCUUCUUGACAAAGGGGAAGGAUGAGUAUAUGAAGCAUCAGUGUGCUAAUGAGAACCACCCCUUGGAGCAAGGAACAGCCUUCACUUUUAUUCAGGCGGCACAGUUCGUGAACAAGAAACUUCUUGAAAGAGACCCAGAGGAGAAGGAACUCUUUGAUAUAAUUGUUCUCUCCAAUAACAGUCCAGAGAGUGGUGUACGCAUCAUCAACAGUGUUAAACAACAUGGUCUGGAGAUCUCCAAGUUUUGCUUUGUCAGUGAUGAAGAUUCUACCCAGUACUUGAAAAGCCAUAAUGUGAAGCUUUUUCUCUCAGCUGAUAGGACAGAUGUGUGCAAUGCCCUUCAGAGAGGAGUUUCAGCAGCGCUCAUCUUCCAGCAAGAGAUACAGGCUCCCAGCAUCCAGCUGCGUGUUGUCUUUGAUGGUGAUGCUGUACUAUUUUCAGAUGAGACUGAGCGUGUUUUUCGUGAGAAGGGGCUGGAAGGGGCUAUAGAGUAUGAGAAAAUAAUGGAAGGUGUGCCCAUGGGAGAGGGCCCAUUGAAAGAAUUUGCUUUGCAUCUUGGGAAGAUGCGCAAAAAAUUUGGUCAAGAGAACUCCCCGAUCCGCACUUACUUGGUAACUGCCCGCAGUGGCCGUGACAUGGGCAUCCGGGCCAUCAAAACACUUAGGGAUUGGGGCCUGGCAAUUGAUGAAGCCUUCUUCAUGGAUGGCGCUCCAAAAGGCCCGAUACUGUCUAAGAUUCAACCCCACAUCUUUUUUGAUGAUGGUCUUCACAAUAUCCAGGGUGCCCAGGAUGUUGGCAUACCUUCUGCCCUGGUCCCGUGUGAAUGGUAAAAGGGGCCAAAUGGCCUCAGUAUCAUGGCAGCUGAUCAGACUGAGUGACAGCUGAAGAAAGCUUCUGACGGAAGAGGCAAAGUUGAAAUUCAGAAUCGACAUUGGCCACACUUUGGGACAAAGGGAACAAAACUUCUGCAUGAGGGCACAAUGUUGGAUGCUUUGCUGUGAAUCAAAUCAAAAGAUACGGACCCAUUUAACUUGAGCAGCAGAAAGCUCAAAAUGCAAAUAGGAAAGAUAGCAGAAGUAUAACUGACUCUUUUUUUAUUUGCCUUAACAUUUCAGAGGUUUUAUGUUCUGUUAGUGCAGAUUCACUAUUCAAAAGCACAAAAGAAGCCACUCACCUGAGAUGUGAACUAGAACUCAGCUUACAAUUAGAAUCCAUUUUCAGAGUUCCACUCUAGAAUCUCUGCAAAAUUAAAUGUUAUGUACCACCCUGUAUUAGAAAUCCCAGCAUGGUUUACAACAAUCUUCAUAAAAAUCAGUCCAAUAGAAACAGAAAAUAUAUGUCCACAGCAGGUAAUGCAAAUGUUAAUGUUCUGUCCACAAUAGUGGGUAUGACAUAGCUAUGUGAUGUUGGCAAGGAAGGUGCAAUUCACCAGAACACAGUGUUUUACCAUAUUUUAGAAUAAUUUACAGUCAUUUUUACCAUCAUUUUUUAAAUCUGUGCAAAAAAAAGUUUAUUUUGGCAUCAUUUGUGUGAUAUUAAAAAAAAGAGAAGAAAAACAAUUAUUUAACCUUCCCACCAUCAAACCAACCCCUUGAGAAAAUGGUGACUACAAAAACUGUAGAAGCAGAGUGUUUGCUGGAUUUUUUAACAUUUUAAAAAUUGCACUAAAAUGCAUUUUCAUGGAAGUGCUAUUGGUCCAAUAUUUUAAAUAUUUAUAUUAAAAAAGUAUAAAUUAAAGUUAAAACAUUGGUUAAAAAAUACAUAGCUUAUAAUGGUGCAGAGCAGAAAAUUAACUGUGAUGUUGUGCUAUGGUAUGGAUGCAGAUGACAGGCUAAUCUGUCCCCAACUUCACCAAACUCAUCAAAACCAUCACUCUUUAAAAGGAUGGAAGGGUGGCUUUAAGGUAGUCCAUACCUGUAGCAAUUGUUCCACUCUUUCUAAAAAAAGGUGAACUUUUUGCUUCCACUCAUGCAGUGGGCCUUCCCACAUACCCAAAAUCCAGAGAGUUCCCCAGCCAUCUGGAGUAGAUUUCCAGGAUGUGUGGAUUCGGAAGAGGAAGAGAGGAAAUCCAGUUCCAGGAGCAGAAGUCUGUUCCUGGACUGAGAAAAGACAAAAAAAGAAGCCUGAGGAAGACAUAGGAGAACUACUUGAUGGUGACACCUAAUAUCAUGGAGAUGCUCUGAAAAAAGGGGAGAAAAGAAUAUGCCUAGUGUGGAAGUGCCGGCCAUCUCUCACAAUUAAAGAUAGCAAUUUAACAUCUGUAGCCAGUGAUUUCAGCUUUCCUUAGUUUCAUUUCCUCUUUAGAGCUACAUCAAGUUGUUGUAUACUGGGAGGAAGAGCAGGAUAUAAAUUUAAUAAAUAAAUAAAUAAUCUGCUACAAGUCUAUUUCUGAACUGAACGGAAUUCUAAACAUUAAAAAAUCAGUUUUCUGAAGGUUUCACUACUCUUUCUACAUUUGUACGUGUGCCUUAUAAUCAUUCUUGCUUAGAUACCCAGUUGGACAUUUGCAUUGCUUAUAUUAAUCUAAACAUUUAAAUGAGGAUAGAAUAUUCUUAUUUUUAAUGUCAGGUGGCAAUGUUUUUAUUUUA